AUGAGUUUACACGUAUUUUGGCCAGCCAGUGCCUGCUUAACACUUUUUGUAGUUGGUGUUAUAAUGGUACUACUCAAGUAUGGACCACGUAUUUGUAAAGUACGUCAUGAAUCUCUUCCCUCUGAUCAAGAAUGGGAAGGGAAAACCUAUUCGCGUAAACUUUCUGUUUCCAUAGCAUAACAUAGAAACAUAUUUUUAAAUACUUUCUAGAAAUAUAUAGGAAAGAUAUAUAGUUUACAGCUUUUACAAAAUUCUUUUAGAGAAAUAGUUGCACAGUUAUGAAUAUUGUUAUUAGCAAACAUAGUUCAAAGAUCUCUCAAUAUUAUGAAUGUUGUGUUCUUAUAGGUUAUGAGAGACAUACGUUCUAUUAUAAAUGAAACGUACUUUAAUUCCGUCCAUUUCUAUACUAAAGAGAGCAUUACAUCUAUAUAUAUAUAUAUACUACAUUUUUAUUAAUUAUAUAUAACAAACAAUUUUCUAUACUUGAAAGAUUUUUUUUUUAUAUCGAUAUACAACUAUACACAUUUUAUUUGGACUUUAAAAAUAUUAAUGAAGGAUGUUUGGAGUUGAAACAAUAGGCUUGACAUUUUUAAUGACAUAAGAAAAUUUGUGCAAAAAAAAAAAAAAAUGACUUUGAAGAAAUCUCUAAUAAUAGUCAAAGCAAAGAUAAUAUUUAAAUCCGUCCAUGAUUUUAUAUUAAUAAAUAUUAUGUACUUUGCAUGAUCUAUUAUACCUAGGAUAUAAUAUAUACAAAUAUUUUGUAUUUUUUAUAUAGCCAAUUUUUUCACUACAAAUAAAAUGCUUUUCUUCGCAUAAAAAUUCCUAUUGUAUAAUUUUUUAUUCAUAGGAAUAAGAUUAUAAUUAUAAUAUUAAAAUAAUAUUAUAUAAAAAAAAAUGAAAUAUAUAAGAGCAUACAAAAAUAUAUUUAGAUUUUAUAUAUAAUAUUUAAUUUUUAUUGACAACAUUGGAUUUUUGUUACAUGUGUGUAAUGGUUACACGGUAUUAUUUAAUAAUUAAUAGAUACAUUAUACAAUUUUUUUUUUUUUUAUUAUGUAAUGUCAGUUCAUAAAUAAAUCCAGUGAUGAUUCAGAUAAACUAUAAGAUAUACUCGAGUCAAGAAGUUAGAAAGAAAAAAGAAAAGAAAUUAAUAUUUCUUAAAAGAUCAUAAAACACAAAUUGAAUCUUUACUUUCUGAACUAUUCGGUUCAAUCGGUCGAAUAAAAUUUGAUUAUGUUCGUGGCAGUGGCUAAAUGCUUACUGCAUAAUGCAAAAGAAAAUAAUAAUAAUAAUAAUAAUAAUAAUAAUGAUAAUUUAUUUAUAAUAACGAGCUUAAACUAUUUUAACAGAGUAUCAAUGAAACUUGACGGUAAUCGAGCAUGAUAUCGAUAAUAAUGUACUUGAAAAUUUUUGUCGAUUACAAUGUUGUAAAUUGGCAAAGCGAAUAAUAAUAAUAGUAAUAAUAAUAAUAGUAAUAGUAAUAAUAAUAAUAAUAAUAAUAAUAAUUACAUAUCGAAAUUCUUAUUCUCAUGUAAAGAGAGAGAGAGAGACAUUAAAAGUCUAAGUUGUGUUUAGUAUCGUCGAAGGAUUUGAAAAAAUUAAUUUUUCUAAUAGUUUAGCGUAUUUUCUAUUAAUGCUAUGUUACAAUGCUGUUUAAAACACGAAGAACUCUCUUUUAUUUUUUGUUUUUUAUUCUUUUCUUUUUCUUUUUUUGUUUCUUAAGUUCCACACACAGAGAAGUCAAGCAUGAUAUUUUUGUUUAAUACUUAAUAGACA